AUGCUCGCCCAGGACCGGAUCCGGCGGAAGCCCAUGCACGCCACCCAGGAUCCGGCCGUGUAUGCCCACUCGCGCACCCGCACGACUUCCUCCAGUGUCUUCCCCGGCGGUUAUCCCCAGGCUCCUCUCCCUCUGCACCUCCAACAACCUCCCUCCGCCUACGGACACUCCCGCCGCUCGCCCUCGGUCGGCACCUUCAGCACUGUCGCCUCUUCCAAUGCACCUCCCGCCGCUUUUCGCACCUCGCCCACUUCAGAGCUUCGGAGGAGUACCUCGUCCCGCUCUGGCGGCAGCACUCAGCCCACCAGCUAUGUCGCUCUCCUCCGCAAGCAAAAGGCCACUGUCUGGUGUGACCGCGCCCAGUACGAAGACCCGCGCCUCGUCGCCCAGCAGAAAGCUGCCAAGCACAGGGCUAGCCAGGAGGUUUCUGGUCGCACGGGCGGCCGCACUUCCACGGGAAUCAGCGGGCCCGGCAAGGUCGCCGCCAAGAUUCGUCAUCAUGGCAAGCCCGGUGUCGUUGGGUACGCUCCCGAGAACAACUACAUUGGUGUAGGCGGCGUCCCCAUGCGUCUCAGCGCCACCGAAGUCGAGGGCGAGGACUCCGACGACGAUGACCCUGCCCAGCGUCUGCACCAUCGUCGCACCGGCAGCAGCGGCCGUAGUAGCACUGCCAGCCGCCGCGGCAACGCUGGGUAUCGCACCUCCACCAUCCUGGCUCAGGGUAGCACAGGCAAGAGAUGGAGUCCCAACGGCAGCACUCUCGAGGAUCAAGGGCCGUUCCAGCCUGGCGAGCCCGUCGAGCGUGCCCAGAGCACGCACAGCGGCAGCAGUGCCGAGCGCGCUGAUGCCCUGCCUGAUCUCGCCCCCACCAAUGCUGCACGCAUGGCUAGCAACAGCUUGCUCAACGCCGCCCUCACCCGCGAAAAGAGUGUCCGGAACCCAGAAGAUCUGAAGCGCCGGGGCAGCGUGGACGAGCGGACCAUGACUCUUACCUCUGGCCGCCUGUUCAUCGCCAAUCCCGACUAA